UGCUCAUCCCAAGUGCAUUCUGCACCAAAUGAGGCCUAUUAAGCGUGUUGCUUUUGAAGGGCCUGUAAUAGGAAGGCGUUUCUAUGGCUGCCCAGUCCAGGAAAAUGGUGUGAAUUGUGGUGUUGUAGAGUGGGUUGAUGGGCCUUGGCCAACUGUUCUUCAGAGAUGUUUGUGCAAGCUAUGGGAGAUGUUCCAUGAGCAGAACUUUGGAAGGGUACAGGACAAGGAGAAGUUUGAGAAGGAGUUGGCCAGGCUUAAGAGUGAACAUGAAAGGGAGUUGGCCAAGCUUAGGACUGAAAAUGGCAAGCUUUGCAUUGAGUACACCAAGCUUGUUGAUGAUGUAUCCAAGAUGUUUGAUUGGCAGGAUGGUAGGGUGGACAAGCAGGUGUACCAGAAACAAGUGGAGGAGGAAGAACUUGAGAAGAAGAAGAAGGAGCUAGAGGAGAAAGCUAUGUUGGAGGUGCAGAUGGAAAAGCUCAAACUUGCAAAAGAGCAGAGGUGCAUUUUGCAGAGCCAAGCUGAUAUCAUCAAGAACACCAGGAAGGCUAUGAAGGAUGUUGAAGUUGACAGAGAUGUUCUUAAGAAGGAGAAGGCAAAGCUUGAGCUUGUUGUUGCUGAGCUGCUGAAAGAAGGGUAUGGCAGCAAGGAGAAGUUAGAGCAAAUCAAGGCCAUCCUUGAGUCUUGAACUUGCUGUGAUAUGUUGG